AUGGAGCGUGAGGAACGCUGGCCCCCGGGGGUAGCGGGGGAGGUGGGGCCAGGGGUAGGCCCUGAGAGGGAUCAGGACAGAGCCCCGGGUCGUUGCUGCCCGGCCGAGGUCGCUGCGCACGGCAGAUGCUGUGCCUCUUCCCUCUCCCCACACAGAGACCUGAGCGAGAACCAGAUCCUGGGCAUCCCGAGGAAGGCCUUCCGAGGCAUUGCCGACGUCAAGAACCUGCAGCUGGACAACAACCACAUCAGCUGUGUUGAGGACGGAGCCUUCCGAGCCUUGCGCGGUCUGGAGAUCCUCACCCUAAACAACAACAACAUCAGCCGUAUCCUGGUCACCAGCUUCAACCACAUGCCCAAGAUCCGGACACUGCGCCUGCACUCUAACAACCUGCACUGUGACUGCCACCUGGCCUGGCUCUCAGACUGGCUGCGGCAACGGAGGACGGUGGGCCAGUUCACACUCUGCAUGGCGCCCGUGCACCUACGCGGCUUCAACGUGGCCGAUGUGCAGAAGAAGGAGUACGUAUGCCCAGGCCCCCACUCGGAGCCCCCGACCUGCAAUGCCAACUCCAUCUCUUGCCCCUCGGCCUGCACGUGCAGCAACAGCAUCGUGGACUGUCGCGGGAAGGGCCUGACGGAGAUCCCCGCCAACCUGCCUGAGGGCGUCGUGGAGAUACGCCUGGAGCAGAACGCCAUCAAGUCCAUCCCUGCUGGAGCCUUCACCCCAUACAAGAAGCUCAAACGCAUAGACAUCAGCAAGAAUCAGAUCUCAGACAUCGCGCCAGAUGCCUUCCAGGGCCUGAAGUCGCUGACCUCACUGGUCCUGUACGGGAACAAGAUCACCGAGAUCCCCAAGGGGCUGUUUGACGGGCUGGUGUCUCUACAGCUGCUCCUCCUCAAUGCCAACAAGAUCAACUGCCUGCGGGUGAACACCUUCCAGGACCUGCAGCAGCUCAGCCUGCUCUCCCUUUACGACAACAAGCUGCAGACCAUCAGCAAAGGCCUCUUCGCACCGCUGCAGGGCAUCCAGACGCUCCACCUGGCCCAGAACCCGUUUGUGUGUGACUGUCACCUGCGCUGGCUGGCUGACUUCCUGCAGGACAACCCCAUUGAGACGAGCGGCGCUCGCUGCAGCAGCCCACGGCGUCUGGCCAACAAGCGCAUCAGUCAGGUCAAGAGCAAGAAGUUCCGUUGCUCAGGCGCCGAGGACCACCGCAGCCGUUUCAGCAGCCAGUGUUUCAUGGAGCUCGUGUGCCCCGACCAGUGCCGCUGUGAGGGCACCGUCGUGGACUGCUCCAGCCAGAAGCUGGCCCGCAUCCCCAGCCACCUCCCUGAAUACGUCACUGACUUGCGGCUCAAUGACAACGAGAUCUCUGUCCUGGAAGCCACCGGUAUCUUCAAGAAGCUGCCCAGCCUGCGGAAGAUAAACCUGAGCAACAACAAGAUCAAGGAGGUGCGGGAGGGCGCCUUCGAUGGGGCGUCAGGGGUGCAGGAGCUGCUGCUGACCGGGAACCGGCUGGAGGCCGCACACGGACGCAUGUUCCGCGGGCUCAGCAGCCUCAAGACCCUGAUGCUACGGAGUAACUUCAUCAGCUGUGUGAGCAACGACACCUUCGCGGGCCUGAGCUCCGUGCGGCUGCUCUCACUCUAUGACAACCGCAUCCACACCAUCACCCCCGGGGCCUUCUCCACACUCCUGUCCCUGUCCACCAUAAACCUGCUCUCCAACCCCUUCAACUGCAACUGUCACCUGGCCUGGCUGGGCCGUUGGCUGCGGAGACGGCGCGUGGUCAGCGGGAACCCGAGGUGCCAGAAGCCCUUCUUCCUCAAAGAGAUCCCCAUCCAGGACGUGGCCCUCCAGGACUUCACCUGCGAGGGCAAUGACGAGAGCAGCUGCCAGCUGGGCCCGCGCUGCCCGGAGCAGUGUACCUGCGUGGACACGGUGGUCCGCUGCAGCAACCGGGGGCUCCGGGCCCUCCCCAGAGGCAUCCCCAAGGACGUGACGGAGCUAUACCUGGAAGGAAACCACCUGACGGCCGUGCCCCGGGAGCUGUCCGCCUUCCGACACCUGACGCUCAUUGACCUGAGCAACAACAGCAUCGGUGUGCUGACCAACUUCACCUUCAGCAACAUGUCCCAGCUCUCCACUCUGAUCCUGAGCUACAACCGGCUGCGCUGCCUGCCCCUACACGCCUUCCACGGGCUGCGCUCACUGCGCGUGCUGACACUUCACGGCAAUGACAUCUCCAGCGUCCCUGAGGGCUCCUUCAAUGACCUGGUGUCUCUGUCCCACCUGGCACUGGGCACCAACCCGCUGCACUGUGACUGUGGCCUGCGCUGGCUGUCCGAGUGGGUGAAGGCCGGCUACAAGGAGCCCGGCAUCGCCCGCUGCAGCAGCCCCGAGCCCAUGGCCGACCGGCUGCUGCUCACCACGCCCGCCCACCGCUUCCAGUGCAGAGAACCGGCGGACAUCCACAUCUUGGCCAAGUGCAACGCCUGCCUGUCCAGCCCGUGCAGGAACAAUGGUACCUGCAGCCCGGACGCUGUGGAGCUGUUCCGCUGCUCCUGCCCCUACGGCUACAAGGGCAAGGACUGCUCUGUACCCAUCAACACCUGCAUCCAGAGCCCCUGCCAGCACGGGGGCACCUGCCACCUCAGUGACACCCUCAAGGAUGGCUUCAGCUGCUCUUGCCCCCUGGGCUUCGAGGGGCACCGGUGUGAGCUCAACCCUGACGACUGUGAGGACAAUGACUGUGAGAACAAUGCCACCUGCGUGGAUGGCAUCAACAACUACCAGUGUGUGUGCUCACCCAACUACACGGGGGAGCUGUGUGACGAGGUCAUUGACCACUGUGUGCCCGAGAUGAACCUCUGUCAGCACCAGGCCAAGUGCGUCUCCCUGGACAGAGGGUUCAGGUGUGAGUGUCUGCCCGGCUUCCACGGAAAACUGUGCGAGACAGACGAGGACGAGUGCGCCACCCACAGGUGUCUGCACGGGGCACAGUGCGUGGACGCUGUCAACAGCUACACCUGCGUCUGCCCGCCGGGCUUCAGCGGGCCCUUCUGUGAGCACCCCCCACCCAUGGUGCUGCUGCAGACCAGCCCCUGCGACCAGUACGAGUGCCAGAACGGGGCGCAGUGCGUGGAGGUGCAGCGUGAGCCCACCUGCCGCUGCCCCCCGGGCUUCGCCGGCCCGCGCUGCGAGCACCUCGUCACCAUCAACUUCCUGGGGAAGGACUCCUAUGUGGAGCUGGCCUCGGCCAAGGCCCGUCCCCAAGCCAACAUCUCCCUGCAGGUGGCCACGGACAAGGACAACGGCAUCCUGCUCUACAAGGGAGACCACGACCCCCUGGCACUGGAGCUGUACCAAGGCCACGUGCGUCUGGUCUACAACAGCCUCAGCUCCCCACCCACCACUGUGUACAGUGUGGAAACGGUGAACGACGGGCAGUUCCACAGCGUGGAGCUGGUGAUGCUGAACCAGACCCUCAACCUGGUGGUGGACAAGGGAGCCCCCAAGAGCCUGGGGAAGCUCCAGAAGCAGCCGGCCGUGGGCACCAACAGCCCCCUCUACCUUGGAGGCAUCCCCACGUCCACGGGCCUCUCGGCGCUGCGCCAGGGCGGGGAGCGGGCACCGGGCGGCUUCCAUGGCUGCAUCCACGAGGUUCGAAUCAACAACGAGCUGCAGGACUUCAAGGCACUGCACCCCCAGUCCCCCGGCGUGGCCCCCGGCUGUAAGUCCUGCUCUGUGUGCCGCCACGGCCGCUGCCGAGCCCUGGAGAGGGACAGCGUGCUCUGCGAGUGCCACCCGGGCUGGGCCGGGCCCCUGUGCGACCAGCCUGCGAGGGACCCCUGCCUGGGCCACAGCUGUGUCCACGGCAGGUGUGUGCCGGCGACGGGGGGCUCGUUCGAGUGCCAGUGUGCGGAGGGCUUCGGGGGGCCUCUGUGUGACCUGAGGAACCGCUCGGCCGCCUGCGAGGCCCUUCAGUGCCAGCACGGGCAGUGCCAGGUGUCGGAGCGCGGGGAGCCCCGCUGCCUGUGCCCGCCUGGCUUCAGCGGGGAGCUCUGUGAGCAAGAGAGCCGCUGCCAGGGCGAGGUGGUCCGCGAGCUGGUGCGGCGCCAGCGCGGCUCGGUGUGGUGCGUGACGGCGUCGCGGGUGCCGGUGCUGAGCUGCCGGGGCGGCUGCGGGCCCCAGUGCUGCCUGCCCACCCGCGGCCGGCCGCGCAGGUACGUGUUCCGCUGCCCCGACGGCUCCUCGUUCUCGGAGGAGCUGGACAGACACGCCGAGUGCGCCUGCCGCGCGUGCGCCUGAGCCGGAGGAGACGCCGCCGCGCAUGCGCCGGGGCCGCGGAGGAGACGCCGCCGCGCAUGCGCCGGGGCCGCGGAGGAGACGCCCGCCGCGCAUGCGCCGGGGCCGCGCAGGGGGACCAGGAGGACGAGGCCGCCCGCCGCGCAUGCGCCGGAGCCCGACGGCGGAGAGGCGAGGCCGCCUACUGCGCGUGCGCCGCGCUCCAUCCUCGGCAUGACUGCUCUCGGCGCCCUGGACCGGGGGCCUCCGCCGCGCCCCCCCGAGUGCUGUGCGUCUGCCCCGCUUAUGACGGCUGUCCGAGGUGUUGCGGAACAGACCAAUAAACGUGUUUGAAAAGGA